UCCAGCUGUAGCUACUCUACUUCAUACCACCACCUUUCCCUCAUGCCUUCAACAUCUCCAGCAGACCUGGAGGUUGAAUUAUCCCAUCUUCUUUCAGACGUCCGUGAAUCAAACUCGAGGGAGUCCUGGGAACGAAUUAGUAUCGUUUCUCAUGAGCUCGCCAACGCGUUACGGACCAAGGAUGAACAUCAUGAUAUACAUACAGCAUUAGGCAGGACUCCCCUUUCUCAAACUCUCACAGGCCUCCUGGGGCUUGAGUUGCAUAAUGUCCAUUCGUCCAUUCCGGAGGAUUUCUACGCCAAACCUGUUGUUGAAAUUCUCCGUGUUGGGGCGAACUUAUGCCUGGAUCAUGAUAAUAAUCGUGGCGCUCUGUUAGGCGCCGGCUUUCUUCAGGCCAUCGUGUCUCUGCUGGAGGGUUACGCAGAAUUGAUACCUCCUCCUCCGCAAACCGAACCGUUACCUCUCUCGAUUGAUCAUUUGAAGAUCGUCAGGACUGCGAUUGGGGUACUUCUCAAUGCAAGUCUUGGUUUCGAUGCUAUCAAGGAUAAACUAAUCUCCAUGCAAGUCGCAGGCACUGUGCUGAAACUUUCGGCGUCCAUUUACCCACCUGGGUCAUGGCAAGGGACUUCCUCUGCGGAACAGACGCCGGAACGUGCCCAUGAAUCAUGGACUAUACGCAGUGUUCUCUCAAACUGGGCCUGGAGAACCAUAACAGAGUUACAAGAUGGUAAGGAUGAAAAAAGUCGCCAAGUCUUCUCUCCAGACAUCCUUCCCUUCUUGACACCUCCUCUUGUUGCCUUUAUGCAUCCCUUUACAGCAAGACUGCAGACCCCUUUCUCGCCAGCUUCCCAGAUAUACAACACGCUUGUACACAGCGACUUCGACGUGCUCGAGGAAUCAUGCUCUCUAAUAGAAUCUUUGUCGCUCGACGUCGAAGAUGUUCGCCUCUCGCUAGCUCGUGGGUUUUAUUCGCCUUCCGAGCAUAAUGGCGUUCCUUGUUUGGGGACAAUAUUAGACUUCAUUGAGCAUGGUGGUUAUCCCGCUUCAUGGAGAACUUCAGUCGUUACAACAGACGGCGAAAGAAACCGCAUGGAAAAAGCUUUUGACAUCUGUAAGGCUGCACUUGUUAAAGCCGUGGUGGAAGUUGCAGGGGAGGAUAGCAAGGACGAGCUGUUAUGGACUGACUCCGAUCCCGCCCAACCUGGAGGUGAGUUUGUUUCCAGGAUGGUGGGCUGGAUCAAGCGGUAUGUUACUUUUAUGAACAUGGCCGGAAAGAAUGCUUCCGAUCCCCCUCGAGAUGAUCUCGUUAUUUGUGCUAGUCUUUCCCUAGGCAACUUGGCACGACGAGAAAAACACGCCAAAGUGCUGUUAUCGCCACCGUACACGUUAGCGCUCGUGCUAGCUUCUAGUCACCUUCUUUCUCCUACAAUCGACAUCAAGUUGAAGCACGGUAUUAUCGGGCUUCUCAAGCAUAUGGCACAAUCGUCAUUGUCUCCUGAUGUCCAUAUCUCACUUUGUGAAGCUGGCAUCGUACAGAGUGUUUCACGGAGUGGGGUAUGGGAUGAGAAGACCGACAAGAUGGGGGAAAUUGUUCAACUUAGUGCAAUUGGCGUGGUCAAGCAUAUGUGUGGGGCUAAUGUGGAAAGCACGUUCGCCCUAGUACUCCCAAGUCCAGAGCCCACCGGAAUGUCUACGGGUCUGUCGCAAAUUGUGUCUCUUCUCAAGCGCUCGGAAACUGUGUCUGUCAAGAGUGAGGGUACAAGGGUUUUGGUAAACGUCAUUAAGUCUUUGUGGUCCGUUGAUGUGCCGGGAGCUCACAAUUCCAUUGAUGACGAUGCUACGCGGCAAAAGCAGCGUAAGCGGCAAACUGCCAUUCAAAGUGUUCUUACGCUGGAAUGCACCUCUGCUCUUGCAAGUCUUGUUGCACAUAGCGCCAAAUACCCACUUCUUGUCAAUGAAGGUGUUGUUGCCCUGAGUUUGCUCAGCACGCAGAAGGCUGGAAGACCUCUUGUCUUGACAGCUCUUCUAGCACCCCUCGAGUUGCCAUCACCGCCCCCUACAGAGCCUCCGUCCGCAUCCACUUCUUCAAAUAGCGAUGUCAGCUCCCCUACGCUAACUACACCCUCUACACGCGGCCAACUACCCACACCCCGAAGUGCAGCAGAGAUGCUCGUUGCAGUUCUGAGAAACCUGGAUAACCCCGUCAACUUUCCAGUCGAGGUUCGCAUUAACGUUUGUUCUUUGCUCUGGCAGGUAGGAAGGCAUAAAAGUGGGGAGGACAUCCCAAAGCUCCAGGAAGUGGUUAAACCUGUAUUGGAGCAGGUCAUCGAAGAUUUGCCUACUCCUCAGGGGAAAGAGGCAACACUUGUCGCUGGCGCAAAGAAAGUUCUGGAGAGUUGGGCGUGACGGAUCAUAAGAAGAAGUUUUAUAUUUGUACCGAAAUUCGGCUGAUUUAUUUUCUGGGAUGUACUGUUAAUGAUAUGCGCAGAGUUUUUUUUUCUUGUUUGCUGGCAGGGUACUCAGCAAUCAUUUAUCCGCAGUGUGCCCCGUUUGUCCUCCCGAUGCAUGUUUGAAUAUCUGUCGAAAUGAG